UCCUUGUCAAACACACUCCUGGGGAGCAGGACUGUGAUGAGCUUGGCUGCAAAACUGGCACCCGGUACCUGGUGACAGCACUCAUCAAAAACAAGAUCCUUUUCAAAACUCGCCCCAAGCCCAUUAUCACCAACGUCCCCAAGAAAGUAUGAAAGAACCCCGGAUUUUCCCUAGAGAGCGGCCAACUCCUUGGACUCGUGCUCAGUUGCCACCUCGAGGACGGCUCGACAGUUCCCUGGGACCACAAGGGGGUCCUGUUUUGAACACAGGCCACCCGCUGGGCAUGAAUUCUGAUCCCUUCCUUAUGGCAUCCGGUUCUCUUGGUGGAAAUCUGGCCCCAUUUCCAAGGAACCCAUCGCCUUUUCCAACUUCAUCAGGCUCAUUGGCUUCAAAUCCAGCACCUUUCCCUGCUGGUGCUCGUGACCCAGGCAUGGCUUCUUUUCCAAGAGGGAUGAAUCCCACUGGCGCAGGUGCAGUUUCUUUCCCAAGGCCUGGUGGCCUCUUGGGCCCGGGCCCGGGCCCGGGGCCGUCUCUAAACCCUAGGGCAGGGGCUCUUCCAGGCCCAGGGCCUCUGUCUAACCCAAGGUUAGGGGGUCUCCCAGGGCCAGGUCCUAUGUCCAACCCAAGGUCAGGUGGUCUCCUGGGAACGGGUCCUGACCCCAGAAGUGGCGGCCCUAUGGGCCCAGGGUCUGGGCCCAACCUGAGAGCAGGUGUCCUGUUGACUUCUGGGAAUGGUCCUCCUAAUCCUAGGCCCGUUGGCCUGGGACCAGGACCAAGUCCCAAUCUGAGGUCAGGCUUCGUUGGUACAAACCCUGCCCCGAGAUCGGGUAUGUUUCCAGGCCCAGGCCUUGGGCCUAGCCCAGGCCCUAAUGUGGACACCAGAGCGGGUGGCCUCCUGGGCACAGGAUCUGGUCUUAACUUAAGAAUGGCUGGACCUCAAGGCCUAGAUCUUGCCCCCAUUCUAAGAGCAGCAGGUCUUCUAGGAGCAAAUUCAGCUGCUUUCUCACAGGCUUCUGGAAACAUGGGCACAAGCCCAUCUUCUAUGGCAAGAGUGCCUGGCCCCAUAGGCUCAAACUCGGGUCCUGGCUCUCGGGGAAUUGGCCUUCCAGGGCCAAAUCCGUCUCCCAUGUCCAGGGCUCCUGGCCCCAUAGGUCCUAACUCAGCUCAUUUUUCAAGGCCAGCUGGGCCCAUGGGGGUAAAUGCUAAUCCCUUUCCAAGGGGGACAGGUUCAGGGGGGCUGAAUCCAGCUGCCUUCUCUCAGGCCUCUGGCACAUUGGCUUCAAAUCCAGCUACCUUCCAGAGGUCUGCUGGCCUCCAGGGCUCAAGUCCAGCAAUUUUCCCAAGAACCUCUGGGCCACUAGGCCCCAACCCAGCUAACUUCCCAAGGGCCAGUGGCUUGCAGGGUCCAAGUCCAGCUGCCUUCCCAAGGUCUACUGGCCCAUUAGGCCCUGGUCAGGUUACUUUCCCCAGGUCAGCUCCUGGGCCCCUGGGCUCUUCUCCAGCAGGCCCUGUGGGUAUCAACCCAGCUCCUUUUGCAAGGGCAACUGGGACCCUGGGUCUAAACCCAGCUUCCUUUCCAAGGAUGAAUGGCCCUGUAAGCAAGACUUUGGUCCCAUUUCCUAGAGUGGGGAGCCUACCUGGCACAAACCCAGCUGCUUUCCCCAGACCAGGGGGUCCAAUGGCUGCAAUGUACCCAAAUGGAAUGUUACCCCCUUAAACACUGUUUUCUCUCCAGGACCGCUUUGGUUUUCAAGCACCAUGGUUCUGGGCAGGGGCUGUGUUGUAAGUAAAAGGGUAGAUGUGGAGCUACACUCUGAAGUACAUAGCUGGGGCUCAAGUUCAGAUGAGCCAUCUUUUUUCCUCUGCUUCUUUCUUGACUGAAGGUGAAAUGUUAUAUGUGGGAGAUGGACUACGGCAGGUGGGAAUGAUCCUGACCUUGACAGAUCUCCAGCCCGCCAGAAGCCUGCUGUGCUUUUGUCCCACAGCUUUUUGCCCUUUGUUUCUUACUAGUUUCUUGAAUUGUUCAUGUGGACUUUUCCUCAGGGAUACAUUGGCCUGCAGGCCCCACUUCAUAUGUAGUCCCCUGCUCACCACUGGAGAAUCAGCUCACUGCUCUCUAGGAUUGUUGCAUUGGUGAACGGACCAUACUUCAGCAGCUCUGACCUGGGCAGCUUGGACCUGGUCAUCCUCUACUGCCAUACCUUUCCCUGGGGGCUUGAACACAGAACAGGGAGGUGGACAACCACUUCAGAGACCCACCAAAUACAAUUUCUGCUUGAUUGACUGGGCCUGCAGCUUCCUUCUCCUGGGACUUAGAGGAGGCCAGAAUCAAGGCUCCACUGCUCAUCUAACUCCCUCUCCACUAGUACUCCCGAUCAAAGAACCUCAGAAUUUAAACUGACGUGGAUGGGAAUAUGGGGAUUGGGGUGGGGGGCUGGGGGAAUAAAGGGGAGAGAUCACUGUGCUUCGUUCAGCCUGAUGUGAAAGGAUGGUUGGUGUUUUUCCUGCUUGUAUCUUUUCUUACCGUUUCUUUAAUAAAUGGGAUGAGAGGGC